AUGUGACGUAUUUUGACAUGGGCGUGGUCUGUGACGUCACACUUGGAUGUGGGCCGUGUUGGAUGUCCACCGCAGGCUGCAGCGAGAUGCUCCUGCUGGGCGAGCCUGCAGGUAACGUUACAGACAGACUGGCGGUUUCAAACACUGAGGAGGAUCGGCAGCGAAGGGAAGAGCUCUUCAACACGCUAAACUUUCUGUCAGAGGACGGUGAUACGGUACUUCAUUUGGCGCUAAUUCAUGAGCAGUGGGGUGUUGUUCAGUGCCUGCUUGAAGAAAUUGUGGUGGACAACACCUGGAUUCCUUACCUGGACAUCCAAAAUGACCUGGGUCAGACCGCUCUACAUUUAGCAGUCAUCGUAGACCGGAGUGAGUGUGUUCGGGCACUGUUGUGUAGUGGAGCCAGUGCGGAGAUCCAAGAGAGGGGUGGAAACACACCUUUACACCUGGCUGUCCGAGAGCUUCGCACAGAGUGUGUGAGAGAGCUGACCAGCUGCUCACAGACCCCACCAGUGCACCUGAACACCACCAAUUAUGCAGGUGUGAGUGCACUGCACCUGGCUGUACAUAUGAGCAAUUGUGAGAUCAUCAAAAUGCUGUUGGAGGCAGGAGCAGAUGUAAAUCAACAGGAUUUGGGGUCAGGGCGGUCUCCAUUGCACUGGGCGGUGGAAAGUCAGAGGUCAGAGGUAGUGGAGUUAUUAUUGAGCGCUGGUGCAUUGGUGAAUCAGUGCUCAUAUGCAGGCCACACCCCAUUCUACUAUGCCCUUUACCGACCCAACAAAGAGGUGCAGGCCCUACUUAAUGCCCAUGGGGCCACAUACACACAGGACGAUGAAGAAGAGGAGUACCGAGAGAGUGAGGAGGAGGAGUUUGAUGAUGUCAUCAUAAAUGGACAGUGAGUGCUGCAGCUGCAAAACUUACCCUAAUGGUGGUUCAAGACUGUAUGACUUUUUCUUCUGAGGAAUAAGAAAAUGUUCUGAAUUUGUUCUGACACAGGUUAACUCUGAGUUCUUGUCUUAUUUUAUUACGAUUUUCUAAACCAUAGCGAAUAAACUGUGAUAAUGUGAGAA